AUUGAUGAUACUUAAAGUGAUGCUUAAUGUAAGACUGACAUAUUGCCUCCUUAUCAAUGAAAAAAGUAGCAUUUAAAUUUUAAAAACAUUUUAAUUAGAAUUAGGUCGAUGUAUGGUAGGCAUUAAAUUAUAUGGAUAAAUUGUUGAUUUAUAACAUGGAAGAUGAUAGGUAGCAACUUUUUGAAUGAUGAUUGUCUCUGCAUAUCACACCUUCUUUAUAAGGGAAAUUCUAAUUAUUCUUUGGGUAUUUAUUUCUUAUUCGACAUGCUUAAUUUGGAUUAAAUAGGUGUGGAUUAAACUCACUAAAAAAUCCGAAAACAAAGAUUGCAAAUAAUAACUUCAAUAUUAUUUAAUUAUAUUGGGACUACAUACCUAUCGAUACAUGUUGUCAAUGCUUAUUAUCACUACUUUUAAAUGGAUAUCAUUUCAGUCUAAUGGACUAAAAUGAUAUCUUGA